AUGCUUGAUAUAGUUUUGGGCGAAGAAAAUAAAUCACCUAAGAAAAAGGAAGUGCUAGAUCAAAUUCAAGAUUACUUUCCGGAAAAGAUUGUCCCAUUAGUGAAACAACUUCACGAUGUCAUUCGCUUACUUCCAGUAUACAAUAGUUUAAGCAAUAAAUUCAAAUUUCUGUCACCAAGAAUAGCACCGAUUUUCCGAGAAAGAAGCAAUAUGUCACUCGAGACUUUAUCACCCAAUUUAUUUCCAUUAUAUCCUGAUUCAUCACAAGACAGUAUUUUAUCGAUACCAGAAAUCCUUAAUGCGUCCGGGCUGAACUCGGUCGAUAAGGAUUCAAUCAUGGAAUUAAUUAUUGAGGCAAGCGGAACUCGUGUUAUAAUUGACAAUAUUAUGGCUAAAUUAGAAAAAAUUUCUUAUUGGCAUAUUGACAAUGAUAUUUCCAUCGUAACUGAUAAAAUUAACAAUGCUUUCAAAGCAGUCGCGAGAACAUUUUCAAAACGGCAAAAGCGCGAAAUUGAUCAUGGAAAAUAUACAUUUAUGACUAAGCGACAAAUUUUGAUGGUUUUUGGUCCAAAUGCUAUCUAUAACGCUUCGAAUUUGCCCUUUGACCUCAAUGACUACGAAAAUUGGACUGAUAAAGAAAAACAAGAGGCAUUUAUUAAUAAAAUACGAAUCAUAGCUGAUGAAAAAACAGCGAAGAUUGGAAAAAAACGUUCAAAACGCUUCGUUUCACUUGCUCCAUUCGCUUUUUCACCGAGUAUAGUACAAUUUUCCAUUUUAACUCCAAUUGUUAUUUCACCAUCUCUCUUUUCGCCAAGUAUAUUAGCACCGAGUCUUCUCAGUCCGCCAAUUUUAUCACCUCAGAUUGGAAAUCCGCUAAUAUUCUCACCAUAUUUGCUGGGACCAAAUAUUCUUUCUCCUGCUAUCUUCAACGCAUAUGUAUUUUCACCCUACGUUUUAGCGCCGAACGUUGUAAAUCCAUAUGUUUUGUCACCACUGAUAUUAAGCCCAUAUGUGCUCAGCCCUGAUAUAUUAUCGCCUACGGUUCUCUCAGGAUCAAUUUUAAGUCCGAAUGUUUUAUCACCAAGUAUUAAUAGUACUGGUAUUUUGGCUGCUAAUGUUUUGUCUCCCACUUUUCUUUCGUAG